CACAGCUCGAGGCUGCAGCUCGCUUCCGUCGUCGACGCGCAGCUCCAUCAUCGACUCGAUGCGGGGACCAUUUUAUGAUCUUGACGGAUCAACACCAACAUCGACCUGCUUUCCGCCUCACCACGCACCGCACUGGGGAUCGUCUACCCCCUGAUCUCAUUCCUUCCCUUUCCCCUAUGACUUAGCACCGGUGUCUUAUUCUUUGCAAUGGCAAGGUUGUCCAAUCCCUUCGCAUUCACUCGCUGGCCGGUCACCAUCAUCGUCAGCAUCGUCUACCUUGCCGUGCUUGCUACUCUCCUCGUCAUACACACAGGUGUUCCAUCUCCUCCCAGAUCAGCAGCCCCCAUCCAUGGCGUCAACCUAACAGAGGCGUGGCACGAUCUGCAGCUGCUCACCUCAUCCUACCACCCCUACAACAGCCACCGCAAUGAUCGAGUCCAUGCAUGGCUGCUUGAGCGCAUCACAGCCAUCUUGAAAGACAAUUCAGUUGCUCCGGUCGACGCUACCGACACCCCUGCGGCAUACGUCUUCGACGAUACCACCUCGAAUUUGACGUACUCUUCAGGCGGUGGGGCAGUCUCUUCCGCAGGGAUCAGUGUCUAUUUCGAGGGCAGCAAUCUUAUCGUAUACAUCCCAGGCACAGAAGAUGAUACAAAGAAAUGGUGGGAGGAUUCCAAUGGAAAACCAUCCAAGAGAAACGCCGUCUUGGUCAACGCCCAUUAUGAUAGUGUCUCUACUGGUUUCGGCGCAACCGACGAUGGCGUCGGCGUCAUUUCCAUUCUGCAGCUGAUCAAAUAUUUCAGCACCCCUGGGAACAAACCACAGAAUGGAGUGGUACUCCUCCUGAACAAUGGGGAAGAAGACUUCUUGAACGGCGCCAGUGUGUUCGGUCAACACCCUAUCUCCCGCGUGGUCAGCACAUUCUUAAACCUCGAGGGUGCCGGUGCUGGCGGUCGAGCAGCCUUGUUCAGGAGUACAGACGAUGCUGUAACGAGGGCAUAUGCCCAUUCAAAGUAUCCUUUUGGAUCAUCUGCCUCUGCCGAUGGGUUCAACAAAGGCCUCGUUCGCAGUCAAACGGACUACGUCAUAUUCAACGGCAAGCUGGGCUACCGUGGAUUGGACGUUGCUUUUAUCGGACCGAGGGCGCGCUACCACACCGACCAGGACGAUGCGAGACAUACGGGCAAAGCUUCAUUGUGGCACAUGCUUUCUGCAGCCGUCGCUACGACCGAGGCCUUGACUACCGCCUCUUUGACGACAAAUCUGCAACCAGGCAACACACCAGGAAGCCCUGCCUUGUGGUUCGACGUCUUUGGUCGCGCUUUUGCCGUAUUGAAGGCACACACCUUUUUCGCCCUGUCUGUUACUCUCCUGGUGGUUGGACCUAUACUGCUACUUGCUACCCUAGCGUUGUUAUACCGGGUGGACAAGUUCUAUCUUUGGUCAGCGUCCCGGCCUUAUCAUACGCCCGACAAUGACGACGAGAUACGGCUGUAUGGUUGGCGUGGAUUCUUCCGGUUUCCCUUGAUUUUUCUGGUGGCUUGUGCCACUCCAAUCGCCCUUGCAUUUCUCCUGGCCAAGGAAAACCAAUACAUUGCGCAUAGUAGUGAAUGGGCAGUGUGGAGCAUGAUGAUUUCGUCGUUCGUCUUUGUGGCAUGGUUCUUUUGCCGCGCAGCCGACUUCAGCCGCCCUUCCUCGCUCACUCGGGCCUAUGGUCUCUCCUGGAUGUGGGCUGGCUGGUGGUCGCUCUUGGUGGUUGCCACCGUCUUUGAGGAACAGUUCCACUUGGUUGGUACAUAUUUCGUCCUCAUCUACGCAGCCUCUGUAUGGCUUGCCACGUGGCUUUCCUACCUAGAGCUUUUCUCUCUUCCGAAAAAGUCCACUUACUGCCGCGGCAAGUUUGGAGACGACUAUCUAUCAUCGCGGUCGCGAAGUAAUUCGAGGCCCCCGGCACAAGCGUCCGCUUCCGGGCAGGAAGAUAAUGGCGAGGAGGCCGCAGAUGAAGACGAUGAGCCUACGGAAAGAUCCAGUCUUCUGCGAAGUCGCGGCCGCUCAACAUUCAAGGGAUAUCAAGCAGAGUCAGAUCAGCAGAGCACUGUUGUUUCUGUCAAAGAUGAAAAAGACACCAGUUAUGAAGAGCAAGAAUGGAGUAAGUCGCAGUGGACCUGGUUGUGGAUCAUCCAGAUGAUUAUUCUGGUGCCCAUCAACCUCAUUAUCGUGGCCCAGUUCGCGCUCCUGAUGACGGAGGCCUUACACCAGACGGGCCAAGACGGCAGUUCGAUGUUGAUGGUGUACGCCAUGAUUGCUGCCUGUACGAUAUUGCUUUUCAGCCCGAUGGUGCCGAUUCUACACCGAUUCACCUGGCACAUACCGAUCUUCCUCCUUUUGGUCCUGGUCGCGACCACCAUUUACAACUUGAUCGCCUUCCCCUUCAGCCCUGAGAAUCGAGUGAAACUGUUUUUCCAGCAACAGGUUGAUCUCGAGGGCGGUAACAACACGGUGUCAUUGCAAGGCGUCACGCCUUACUUGCGACAGGCUAUUGCCAGCCUACCCAGUAGUGCGGGACAAGAGCUGGCAUGCGUCAAGACUGAGUUGUCGGACCGGUUAGAGAAAUGCUCAUGGACGGGAAUCCCGCCCAACGUUGGCAACCCAUUCUCCAGAACACCGCCGGAGCAACAAUACAAAGGCUGGCUGAGCUUCAACGUCACCCGUCUCAAUGGCAGUGACAGUGAGAAUAAGGCGCGCUUUGUGCUGUACGGCAAGAACACCAGAGCAUGCAGAAUCUACUUCGAUUCUCCCAUUAGUGCCUUCCAAGUCGAGGGCCAGGCACCGCGGGACAAACGCUUUAUUCCUGUGCCGGACGGCGGAAGUCGGGAAAUCCGUCUGUGGUCGAGAACAUGGGAUCGCGCUUGGACGGUCGAUGUUUCAUGGGAUGAUCCUUCUGCAGGAGACGAUUCGGAGGAAGAGAUGGAUGCCAGCCCGAAGAAACAUUCAAUCACCCCUCUGCAUGGCAAGGUCGCGUGUGAAUGGAGCGAUGCCAAUCAGGUUGGCGUGAUCCCCGCCUUCGAUGAGGCUAUGCAUUAUGUUCCGGACUGGGUGGCUAUUUCGAAGAUGGCAGAUGGCUUGGUGGAAGGAUACAAGAAAUUCCAGAUUUGAUGACGCGGAAGAGGGAGAUUCUCAGAAGCAAAACACAAAUGGGGAUCUAAUGGACGAACGCGUUUAAUUGGCACACUUGUAUUGGAGUCAUGCAUUUCAUCGGCCUAGGCAUGUUCCUCGAUUAGAGGACGAGGUUCUUGGAGCAGUCGUGUGUUCGGCAGUGCGUAUUGUAUUGAGCACACGCACGCGCGUACUAAUAUCGUGACUCGUGGUUGUCAGGAGUUAGAGAGAGAAUGAAUGCGGCACGAUACCUGCCUUGCCUUGCCUAACCUACAUGCAUGUUACUGGUACUCACUCGUACACGACCAAAACUAUUCGUUCUUCCAAUCCGCCCCUGUCUCAAUAGGCGGGAUUACGUCCGCUCCCUGUCUACAACACCAGGACUCCUUAUGUGUUGGUUGC